GAAAAAAAAAAAACCCCUUUCUUUUUCCCCUGGUAAUUAUGGGUGUUUUAGGGGAAAUUCUUCUGAAAUUAAAGUUCCGCCAUUGAAGCAGCUCUAAUAUUUUCUCUUCACUAAAGUUUACUCAUUUUCACUUUGCAAGACUUCAUCUUUCUCUUUUCCCCCUUUUAUUUUUACUCUCUCUGAAUCUUACGUCCUCUGGAUCUUUAUUCUCUCUCUCUCUUGUCUGUACUUUUAAGUGAAGCUUGAAUCUGUCGUGAUCAGCAAGAUUCGGAGUGUUCUCCUUAAUUGUCGGAAUCUCUACUUACAGAGAAUCUUCUAAUGGAGGAGAGAGAAGGAACCCACAACAACAACAACACAAGCAGUUGUUUUGGUCUGAAACAACAACAACAUGAAGCUGCUCUUCCUCCUCCUCCUGGUUACCACAUGGACCCACCACGGUCUGAAAACCCUAAUCCUUUUCCGGUGGGAUUAACCACCACUACUACCACCACCACCACCACCGGCGCCGCCGCCGCAUCUACUAAACCGCCUGAGAAUGCUGCUGCUCCUCCUUUCAGCAUAACAAUGCAGGUGGAGAAUUCGGCUUCUGAGCAGCUGAAGAAGAAGAGAGGGAGACCAAGAAAGUAUAAUCCAGAUGGCACACUCGCCGUUACUCUCUCUCCGAUGCCAAUCUCCUCUUCCGUUCCGUUGGCGACGGAUUUUGCUUCCCGGAAACGUGGGAGAGGCCGAGGAAGGGGAAGAGGUAGAGGACGAGGUCGAGGAGAGACCAGUCACAACAACAACAACAACAACAACAACAACAAUUGGCUCAAGAAUCCUCAAGUGUUCCAAUUCGACAACAAUCCUCCUGUUGUAGGAACUGCAGAUGUUGCCACUGCAGGUUUUACGCCUCAUGUGCUCACAGUAAACACCGGUGAGGAUGUGACGAUGAAGAUCAUGACAUUUUCUCAACAAGGCUCUCGUGCUAUAUGCAUUCUUUCAGCUAAUGGUCCCAUUUCCAAUGUUACCCUUCGUCAAUCUAUGACAUCUGGUGGUACUCUCACUCAUGAGGGUCAUUUUGAGAUUCUUUCUUUGACGGGUUCAUUUAUACCAAGCGAGAGUGGAGGAACCAGAAGCAGAGCUGGAGGGAUGAGUGUGUCUCUUGCAGGACCAGAUGGUCGUGUCUUUGGUGGAGGACUCGCUGGUCUCUUCAUAGCCGCUGGUCCUGUUCAGGUGAUGGUAGGGACUUUUAUAGCGGGUCAGGAGGAAUCUCAGCAGCAGCAGAUAAAGAAGCAAAGAAGGGAAAGACUCGGUGUCCCAACAACGACACAAACUUCUAAUAUCUCAUUUGGUGGCUCAGCUGAAGAACCAAAGGCUAGAUACGGUAUCAACAAGCCUGUUGUGAUUCAGGCACCACCUGUAUCUGCACCACCUGUUUCCUUUUCGCAUGAGCCAAGCCAUGGUUACUACACAAGUAACACGGCUAACCAUAUCAAGGAUCUCUUCUCUUCCCUCCCAGGAGAAGAUGGGGAAGAAGAUGAAGAGGAUUUAGAAGGUGAAGAUGAUGAAGAAUAUGGAGGCCAUAGCGAAUCUGACACCGAGGUUCUAAGCUGAUGAUGAUUGAGUGAGUGAAUCCGAAACACCGAUGGUUCUUGAUCUUUGAGUUGCUGCUACCUUUCCUUUUUUUAGUGCCUUCAGAUUCUUUAGAGUUUAAUGUGUUUUCUUCAGAUUUUAAUUGUUUCCUUAAACAGUUAAACAGAGAUCUCUCACUAAAAAAGGUUUAGGGUUUAGUAGAAGAUGUAAUCUUUUUAGGGUUCUUUUGACUUGUUUUCUUUCCAUCCCCCAAGUGGUUGUUGUAAAAGUGCAAUACUUAUUGUGUUCAACUCCUUUAAUCUACUCUUC